GGACCCAGGCGGUCGGGAGAGGACCCAGGAAUCCGAGCGCUGUACAGAGGCAUUAGGACCCAGAUACCCGUUCUGGCCCCGCCCGCCCUGACCACGCCCCCUCCCGGACGCCUGGGUCCCUGCCGCGCAUGCGCGGCUCCUCCCGGCGACGCGGCGGGUGAGUGCACUCCAAAACUGGGCCCAGUUGUGGCCCAGUACUGGUCCCAGUGACCCCAUAUGGACCCAGUGACCCCAUACUGGUCCCAGUGACCCCCCCCAGUGCUCCCAGUAUGCUGCACUGGUCCCAGUUCGGCCCCAGUGACCCCCCAGCACUGGUCCGGGUCACCCCAGACGGGUCCCAGUCCCCCCAGUGCCCUCCCAGUGAGGUCCAGUAACCCCCAGUCCCUCCCAGUCCCCCCAGUCUCCCAGGAGUGCGGGAGGGACCCAGGAGUGCGGGGGGGACCCAGGAGUUCGGGGGGGGGGACCCAGGAGUGCGGGGAAGGACCCAGGAGUCCAGGGCGGAACCCAGGAGCUCGGGAGGGACCCAGGAGUUCGGGAGGGACCCAGGAGUCCGGGAGAGACCCAGGAGUCCGGGAGAGACCCAGGAGUUCGGGGAGGGACCCAGGAGUUCGGGGAGGGACCCAGGAGUUCGAGAGGGACCCAGGAGUUCAGGGAGGGACCCAGGAGUUCGGGAGGGACCCAGGAGCUCGGGAGGGACCCAGGAGUCCGGGAGAGACCCAGGAGUUCGGGGAGGGACCCAGGAGUUCGGGAGGGGACCCAGGAGUUCAGGGAGGGACCCAGGAGUUCGGGAGCAGGACCCAGGAGUUCAGCAGGGGUCCAAGGAGUUUGGGAAGGACCCAGGCGUCCGGGAGGGACCCAGGCGUCCGGGAGGGACCCAGGCGUUCGGGGGGACCCCCCAGUGUCCCCAUGCCCCGUUUCCCGGGGGGCUGUCACUGGUUCCUGGGGGGGCUGGUUGUUCUCCAGACCCUUUACCUCCAUUCACUACCCCCCCCAAAACCCCCCCAUAGACCCCCCAAAAACCCCCCCAGGGGGGUCCUGGAUCCCUCCGGCUCCUUCCGCAUCUACCGACACCUUUUGGGGACCCCCCCGAAACUCGGGGACCCCCCCGAGUUGGUUCUGGCCACUCACGGGACCCCCGGCCGGGUGGCGGAGUUUUUAGGGGGGACCCUCGGGGAUCAUUUUUGGGGGGGUCCCGUAUCGGUUGCAGUUUUCGGGGUCCCCCCCGGGGGGUUCCGGGAGCUCUUGGCUAUUUUAGGGGGGCCCUGUCGGGCUUUUCGGGGCCGUUUGAGGUUACACGCGGUGCUGACGCUUUCGGGGUCCCCCCCGAACCCCCAAAUUAUCCCCCCGCCCCAUCCCGACCCCCCCACAAAAUGUCGGGGGGCCCUGAGGCGUUUGGCAGCCGCCGACCCCCCCAGUUAUAAUUUGGGGGUCCCGUACCCCGGGAAUUUACUGCGUAAUGUGGCCUGGGAGGGGGCGCUGGACCCCGAACCCCCCAAAAUAAGGGGGGACCCCCCAAAGUAUCAUGGGGGAGGGGGAAAGAAUGGGGGGGAUCGCCCAGAAAAUGGGGGAAAUCUGCCCGGCAACGGGGCGAAUGGAACAAAAAAUGGGGGGAUUCGCCCCGAAAAUGGUGGGACCCCCCAAAAUAACGGGGGGGACCCCCCGAAUUUCGUGCUGCUGCUGGAUGCGGAUCUGGUCCCCAGCCGGGGGCUGCGCGAGGGGUUCCUGAGGAUGGUUUUGGGGGGGACACCCCAAAAAUGGGGCUUGGGGGACCCCGAAAGUUUGGGGGGGCCUGGGGAAUUGGGGGGGCCCGAAACUUGGGGGGGUCGGAGGGUUUUGGGGGAUGCUGAAAGUUGGGGGGACCCCGAUGUUGGGGGCAUUCAAAGGGGCUUAGGGGACCCCAAAAAUUUGGGGGCUGCAGGGUCUUGGGAGGCUCGGGGUGACCCCAAAGUUUUGGGGGUUCAAAGAGACUUGGGGGACCCCAAAACUUGGGGGGACCCCAAUGUCCCUGAUGACCCCAAAGUCCCAGGUGACCCCAAUGUCCUCGAUGUCCCUGGUCACCCCAGGGUGCUCAAUGGUGUCCCCAACUUUCUGGGGGGUCCCAAUGUCCUGGGUGUCCCCAAUAUCCUGGGUGUCCCCAAUGUCCCCAGUGUCCCCAAGACCUUCCAUGACCCGGGUGUCCCCAACACCUCGAAGGACCCCAAGACCUUCCAUGACCUGGGUGUCCCCAAUGCCCUGGAUGUCCCCAACACCAUGGAUGUCCCCAACGCACUAGAAGUCCCCAAGAACUUCUACGACCCAGGUGUCCCCAAUGCCUUCAAUGUCCCCAACGCCUUGAAGGACCCCAAAACCUUCCGUGACCUGGGUGUCCCCAACACUCUGGAUGUCCCCAACUCUUUGAAGGACCCCAAGACCUUCCAUGACUCUGGUGUCCCCGAUGCCCUGGACGUCCCCAACACUCUGGAUGUCCCCAAGACCUUCCAUGACCCUGGUGUCCCCAACACCCUCAAUGACCCACAUGUCCCCAACGCCCUGGAUGUCCCCAACGCCUUGAAGGACCCUCAGACCUUCCAUGACCCUGGUGUCCCCAACACCUUCAAUGUCCCCAAUGCCUUGGAUGUCCCCAACACCAUGGAUGUCCCAAACACCUUGAAGGACCCCAAGACUUUCCAUGACCCGGGUGUCCCCAACACCUUCAAUGUCCUCAACACUCUGGAUGUCCCCAAGACCUUCCAUGACCCUGGUGGCCCCAACGCCCUCAAUGACCCACAUGUCCCCAACGCCCUGGGUGUCCCCAACACUCUGGAUGUCCCCAACGCCUUCAAUGUCCUCAACACUCUGGAUGUCCCCAAGACCUUCCAUGACCCAGCUGUCCCCAGUGCCCCAGAUGUCCCCAACUCCUUGGAUGUCCCCACCACCCCGAAGGACCCCACGAGCUCUGGUGCCCCCUCCGCGUCCCCGUGGCGGCGCUGGGUGUUCGUGGUGCCGGCGUUCGAGGUGCGCGCGGGCCGGCGGGUGCCGGUGACCAAGGCGGAGCUGCUGCGGCUGUGGGGCCGGGGGGACGUGCGGCCGUUCUACGGGACGCUGUGCCCGCGCUGCCACGGCCCCACGGGCUACGGGCGCUGGCGGGGGCUGCCCCCCAGCCCCGGGGUGCGCGUGGCCUACGAGGUGACAUGGACGGACCCAUGGGAGCCCUUCUACGUGGGGCCCACGCGGGGGGUCCCGCCCUUCGACCCCCGGUUCGUGCAGUACGGAUUCAACCGCAUCAGCCAGGCCUGCGAGCUGCACGUGGCCGGGUUCCGCUUUGCGGUGCUGGACGGCGCCUUCGUGGUCCACCGGGGGUUCAAGGAGCACGGGGGGUUCCACGGGGGGCGCGAGGACGAGCUGCGCCAGAACCGCCGCCUGUUCCGCAGCUUCCGUGCCGCCCUCGCUCAGCGCUACCCACAGUCCCCCCGGCACUGCUGACACCGGACGCCUGGGUCCCUCGGACGCCUGGGUCCCCCAGAUGCCUGGGUCCCUUCUACACCGGACGCCUGGGUCCCCCAGAUGCCUGGGUCCCUUCUGCACCGGACGCCUGGGUCCCCUGGACACCUGGGUCCCUUCUACACUGGAUGCCUGGGUCCCCCAGAUGCCUGGGUCCCUUCUGCACCGGAUGCCUGGGUCCCCUGGACACCUGGGUCCCUUCUACACCGGACGCCUGGGUCCCUUCUGCACCGGAUGCCUAGGUCCCCUGAACACCUGGGUCACCCGGACGCCUGGGUCCCCUGGACACCUGAGUCCCUUUUGCACCGGACGCCUGGGUCCCCCAGAUGCCUGGGUCCCUUCUGCACCGGACGCCUGGGUCCCCUGGACGCCUGGGUCCCUUCUGCACCGGAUGCCUAGGUCCCCUGAACACCUGGGUCACCCGGACGCCUGGGUCCCCUGGACACCUGAGUCCCUUCUACACCGGACGCCUGGGUCCCCCAGAUGCCUGGGUCCCCUGGACGCCUGAGUCUCCCCUGAGUCAAAUCCGGAGUCGAUUUGGGGUGAAACCGCCUCAAUUUGGGGCGAAACCGCCUCAAUUUGGGGCUGAAAUGACCCAAAACGCAGGCGGGCGGCGGUUAAUAAACGAUUUAUUUGCAUUUUA